GACGCCAUUCUACAAGAGAGGAAGGAUGGAGGUGUGUUUGAGGUUUAUGACUUCAAUGUGAGUUUUGUGUGUGAUGUUUCGCUAGACAUAAAAGAGCCCUGUAUUAUUCUAUUCAAAGGGUACGACACAGACUUCCAGACAUGUUUUGUGGGUAUCAAGAAGGCGAUUUUCAGUUGCCUAAAGGCGGGUGAGUUUACAGAGAAAAAGUAAAUGCAUGUGCAGUUGUUUUUUUAUUCGCAUGCCAAAGCGCAUUGUCUUUUGAUUGGAUCAUUCUUCAUACACUGAGAAGAGGGAAAAGUGAUGUUUUUUAAACAAUGUAUAUCAACAUUUAUUAGGCUACAGACUAUAUUUAUGGAAACAAAGUGUAUCACCAUUUAUUAGGCUACAGACUAUAUUUAGGGAUGCAUGAAAACUAUUCCAAUAAUUGAAAAGUAAUGCUGCAAGCCUGCAAAUAAUAUAUAAUUAAAUACUGAUUCAGAUAUUUAUCUCUUCUCCCCCCAAAAAAUUUUUUUGGCAGUCCUUAACCACGUGCAUUGGAUAAAUCUUAACUAGAAUUUGUGAGUCUGGAGAUAAGUGGCUGUUGAAACAGUGAUGCCCUUUGGACUCAGUCAGAGGUGGUAUUAUUGAAUUUGGGGAAACUCAUUUGGUGGAAUGUGAGAGCCUCCUCGCUUGGGUAGGCUAAACAAAACUCCACUAAAAUGUGUGGCGUAAAAUGUUUGUUACUACUAGCCUAUACAUGUUAUUCCAAGAAGUGGCGACAGUGUUUCCCUUCAAAUAUUUUCCAAGCGGAGUGCAAAAAAAGCCCCCACAUCAACAUCUAGGGCCUCCUUUAAAAUCAAAACUAUUAAAUUUAAACCAAUGGAUUAUGUAAGGGAUAAUCAUCAAGGGACUAUGCGUUCUCUGGAAAAUAAUGAACGUUGUUGUUCAUUAUUUUCCAGAGAACGCAUAGCCCCUCGUUGAUGAUCUCUUACUUGGGAUGCGACAGAGCUAGAUUGGGAAGCCUGUCCCACCUAUGCAAAGGUAGGGAAAACACUGAAUGGGAAUAAACCAAUUAGACCACCUAUGCUUUCUAACAAUGUUUUUUUUGGUAUGGAGCCAUAGCAGCAUGGACCAUACUGCUAUAUGGUCCCUUGUCAUAACUGGCAGGUCACACAAUCUGUUUGCCAGCCAGCUCCUCUCCUACCUGCCCUCCCCUCCUCGAUGUCUUCUUCAUCUGGCACAGGGCCUCUGUCAGAAGCUACAAACUGGUGACAAUGUCUGCAGUGUGACAUACUGACUACCUGUGGCGGGAGUUCCAUGGGUCAGUAUGUUCUGUGUACAUGUGUUCUUUGAGAGAACCUCAUCCCCAGGCUAUUGUGCACAGAGGUCUGGUGUGAGACUAGAGAGAACCUAUCCGGUAAGUAAAGGUGGGGUGACUGGCUGCUUGUCUAUCGGUUGAGUUUAUUUAACCAACGGUUCAGAUCACACUGCAUUGAGUGCUGCUGUAGUUGAAAAUAUGUUUUAGGUUUCUUGAGGAAGGGACCACCAAGGGUGGGUUUAAUAGAUGUCAUGGGGUGUGUGAGAGAGUGCUGAUCUCUAUAUAGAGUGGAUGGGCUUGCCUGGUGGUGUCAUGUUAUGCUUAUGUCAUGUGGGUCUAAUGUUCCCUGCUAGUAAUGCACUUUAUACUGAAUUUAGCACAGAGGGUGAGGGAAGGUUCUAUUUUGAAGAAUGUAAGUAGUGUUUUUCUCUUUUAUAAUCUUUGGAAUAUGUGGAAAAUGUUUAUGAUAUGUUUAUGAUGAUAUUUUAUGUUGCUAUGGAUAAGAUUGGCUUCUAAUCUAAAUGUAAUGUGAGAAUUGAAUCAAUCACUUAAUCAAAAAACUAGAAUGCUACGCCGUCUACUCUCUCUACCCCAGGAAGUAAGGUUAGGAUGAUAGGUGAGCUGUGAUAGAAUUGUUUACAUCCAAACAGAUACUCAGUGACUGAAUGGUGAUGAUACAAUUCAUGAUACAAGUAUUUAACCCUGUGUUGAUACCAUCAUCGUCUCUGUUACCUCUUGAUUGGCCAGUGAGUGGGAUUGCAUUGUUUCCACUAGAUUGUCAUUCCAAGCUAAGCAUUGUGAUGAAGUGAUCAAAACAUACUCAUGCUUGUGUAAAUUCUCAUACAUAUACAUGCACAUACAGUUUGUGCGUGCAUUUGCACACUAAAACUUGUGUGUAUUUUUGCCAGACACAUAUGGUCAUUUCUAUGUAAAUGGACCAAUGAGCACCAACGUGAAGUUUAUAGGAGAAUGUCAAAUUGGGUGUCAAAUUAAAGCUAAGAGACUAGUUUUCAGAAAUUAAGGCAUAUAUAUAUAUAUAUAUAUAUAUACAGUGAGGGAAAAAAGUAUUUGAUCCCCUGCUGAUUUUGUAUGUUUGCCCACUGACAAAGAAAUGAUCAGUCUAUAAUUUUAAUGGUAGGUUUAUUUGAACAGUGAGAGACAGAAUAACAACAGAAAAAUCCAGAAAAACGUAUGUCAAAAAUGUUAUAAAUUGAUUUGCAUUUUAAUGAGGGAAAUAAGUAUUUGACCCCCUCUCAAUCAGAAAGAUUUCUGGCUCCCAGGUGUCUUUUAUACAGGUAACGAGCUGAGAUUAGGAGCACAUUCUUAAAGGGAGUGCUCCUAAUCUCAGUUUGUUACCUGUAUAAAAGACACCUGUCCACAGAAGCAAUCAAUCAAUCAGAUUCCAAACUCUCCACCAUGGCCAAGACCAAAGAGCUCUCCAAGGAUGUCAGGGACAAGAUUGUAGACCUACACAAGGCUGGAAUGGGCUACAAGACCAUCGCCAAGCAGCUUGGUGAGAAGGUGACAACAGUUGGUGCGAUUAUUCGCAAAUGGAAGAAACACAAAAGACCUGUCAAUCUCCCUCGGCCUGGGGCUCCAUGCAAGAUCUCACCUCGUGGAGUUGCAAUGAUCAUGAAAACGGUGAGGAAUCAGCCCAGAACUACACGGGAGGAUCUUGUCAAUGAUCUCAAGGCAGCUGGGACCAUAGUCACCAAGAAAACCAUUGGUAACACACUACGCCGUGAAGGACUGAAAUCCUGCAGCACCCACAAGGUCCCCCUGCUCAAGAAAGCACAUAUACAGGCCCGUCUGAAGUUUGCCAAUGAACAUCUGAAUGAUUCAGAGGAGAACUGGGUGAAAGUGUUGUGGUCAGAUGAGACCAAAAUCGAGCUCUUUGGCAUCAACUCAAGUCACUGUGUUUGGAGGAGGAGGAAUGCUGCCUAUGACCCCUAGAACACCAUCCCCACCGUCAAACAUGGAGGUGGAAACAUUAUGCUUUGGGGGUGUUUUUCUGCUAGGGGGACAGGACAACUUCACCGCAUCAAAGGGACGAUGGACGGGGCCAUGUACCGUCAAAUCUUGGGUGAGAACCUCCUUCCCUCAGCCAGGGCAUUGAAAAUGGGUCGUGGAUGAGUAUUCCAGCAUGACAAUGACCCAAAACACACGGCCAAGGCAACAAAGGAGUGGCUCAAGAAGAGGGACAUUAAGGUCCUGGAGUGGCCUAGCCAGUCUCCAGACCUUAAUCCCAUAGAAAAUCUGUGGAGGGAGCUGAAGGUUCGAGUUGCCAAACAUCAGCCUCGAAACCUUAAUGACUUGGAGAAGAUCUUCAAAGAGGAGUGGAACAAAAUCCCUCCUGAGAUGUGUGCAAACCUGGUGGCCAACUACAAGAAACAUCUGACCUCUGUGAUUGCCAACAAGGGUUUUGCCACCAAGUACUAAGUCCUGUUUUGCAGAGGGGUCAAAUACUUAUUUCCCUCAUUUAAAAUGCAAAUCAAUUUAUAACAUUUUUGACAUGCGUUUUUUCGGGAUUAUUUUGUUAUUCUGUCACUCACUGUUCAAAUAAACCUGGCAUUAAAAUUAUAGACUGAUCAUGUCUUUGUCAGUGGGCAAACGUACAAAAUCAGCAGGGGAUCAAAUACUUUUUUCCCUCACUGUACAUUUUUCAACCAUUUUCCAUCCCAAAAAUAAGGAAUAAGCAAAGGCUCAGGGGUUUCAGAAAACCUCUACCAGAAAAAGUCUUAAAAGGUAUUAGAAAUACAUCAAAGCACAAUCAUGUUGAAGUAAAGACCCCUGCCAACUAAUAUCAACACUUAUAUUUAGUUUUGGAUAAAUUAUUCUGCCUUCUGUAAGUUUAAGAAACAUUGCCCUGUGCCUUGAAAUUCUGUUACUAAAAACCCACAUACGGUGCCUUCAGAAAGUAUUCACACCCCUUUACGUUUUCCACAUUUUGUUGUUACAAAGUGGGAUUAAAAUGGAUUUAAUAGUCUUUUUUUUGGUCACCAAUCUACACAAAAUACUAUAAUGGUAAAAAAUCAUUCAAAAAUAAAACACCUUGUUGAUUAGAUACUGUAAGUAUUCAACCAUGUUAGAAUCACCUUUGGCAGCGAUUACAGCUGUGAGUCUUUCUGGGUAAGUCUCUAAGAGCGUUGCACACCUUAAUUGUACAACAUUGCACAUUUUAUACUUUUUUAAAUUCUUCAAGCUCUGUCAAGUUGCUUGUUGAUCAUUGCUAGACAGCCAUUUUCAAGUCUUGCCAUAGAUUUUCAAGACGAUUUAAGUCAAUACUGUAACUAGGCCACUCAGGAAUAUACAAUGUCAUCUUGGUAAGCAACUCCAGUGUAUUGGAGGUUGUUGUCCUGCUAAAAGGUGAAUUUGUCUCUCAGUGUCUGUUGGAAAGAAAACUGAACACGGUUUUCCUCUAGGAUUUUCCCGUGCUUAGCUCUAUUCUGUUUAAUUUUAUCAUUAAAAAAUGACAAGCAUAUCCAUGACCCAACAUGAUGCAGCCACCACAAUGCUUGAAAAUAUGAAGAGUGGUACUCAGUGACGUGUUGUGUUGGAUUUGCCCCAAACAUAAUGCUUUGUAUUCAGGACAUAAAGUUAAUUUCUUUGCCAAAUUAUUUGCAUUUUUACUUUAGCACCUUAUUGCAAACAGGCUGCAUGUUUUGGAAUAUUUUUAUUUUGUACAGACUUCCAUCUUUUUCCUCUGUCAAUUAGGUUAGUAUUGUGGAGUAACUACAAUGUGGUUGAUCCAUCCUCAGUAUUCUCCUAUCAUAGCCAUUAAACUCUGUAAAUGUUUUAAAGUCACCAUUGGCCUCAUGGUGAAAUCCCUGAGCGGUUUCCUUCCUCUCCAGCAACUGAGUUAGGAAGGACGCCUGUAUUUUUGGAGUGACUGGGGUUAUUGAUACACCAUCCCAAAGUAUAAUUAAUAACUUCAUCAUGGUCAAAGGGAUAUUUUGCCAUUACCAAUUGGUGCCCUUUGCGAGGUAUUGGGAAACCUCACUGCUCGACUGAGGGACCUUACAGAUAGUUUUAUGUGUAGGGUACAGAGAUGAGGUAGUCAUUCAAAAAACAUGUCAAACACUAUUAUUGCACACAGUGAGUCCAUUAUGAUUUGUUAAGCAAAUCUUUACUCCUGAACUCUAGGCUUGCCAUAACAAAGGGGUUGAAUUGUUAUUGACUCAAUACAUUUUUGACUCAAGAAACGUUUAAUUUUUUAUUAAUUUGUACACAUUUCGAAAAAAAAACAUAAUUCCACUUUGCCAUUAUGGGGUAUUGUGUGUGUGUGUGUGUGUAGGCCAGUGACAAAAAUAAAUCCGUUUUAAUCAUUUUAAAUUCAGGCUGUAACACAACUAAAAUGUGUGAAAAGUCAAGGGGUGUGAAUACUUUCUGAAGGCACUAUACAUGGAUUUAUCAGAGUUUUGGGAAAAUGUGGACACAUUAAAAAAACUUACCAAACUUUGCAUCUGCCUAGUUCUUCCAGUAAAUGUGUUUUUGUAAAAUGUUCUUUGUAAAUUGUUAAAAGUAGUCCUUGUGCAUUGAGCUCUAUGGUUUGCUAAACUUUUUAAAUCAAUGGUUUUUGUUUGGCAUACAUUUUAAAGUGAAGAAUCUGUCUCAGCGCAAUUCUGUUAUUGUGGAAUUGCCCAUAUACAGUAUAAUGUUGUGUGUGUGUGUGUGUGUGUGUGUGUGUGUGUGUGUUGACAGAGCAAAGCUAGCCUCUCUCUUUGGUCUGGAUCAGGCUGACAGUCAGGGCAACGAGUCCUUCCAGUUCAGAUCCCCCAAACAGCCGAAGAAAACCACCACCACUCUGAGUAAGACACAACACACAACCGUCUGAGGCCCUGUUUGAACACUGGUCAAAUUCCUUCCUUCCUUCAUGUGAACACUGAUCCAACAUGAUUGGAUAGAUGAAAGUUAUGACUCUAGACAGCAGGAAGGAUGCAUUUCUUCAGUAUUGUGGCUUGUAAAGUAUAAAGACUUCAGACCACGCGUAAACUCUAAUGCAAUUCUUCCAAUACAUCCAUGAAUGGAUUGGUGCAAAAGUUCACAUUAUGUAAGUGUUUGAAUAUGGUCUGCGUGUUUUCAAAGGCCCAUCUCCUCAAAAGCCUGCACCACCUCCUUCUGUCCUAUUGGCUACUGCUGUUCAGGCGUUCCGCUUGUGAGUAUGUCCACAAACACAAGUACCUGAAAUCCAUAUCACUAGAUGGAGUUGAUAUGUGUCUCUCAGAGUUUAAUGUGUAUGUGAGUAUGUCCAUUUUUAGUGUGCUUAUGGCGGUGCGUGCGUGAGAGAAUGUGCGUUUGUUGUGUUGUGUUCACAGGUCCAGUUUAAACCUGUUUGGUCUUGUUGUCAUGGUUUUGUGUUUGCAGUGUGAAUGGCCAGUACACAAAACAGGGGAAGGUGGGAGCUGCUAUCCUGGGAAAUCAUCCAACCAGAGAGGUACUUGAGCUGUGAAGGAUAUGUAAAACCAGUUUCCAUUGAGAAUAAACACACUCUAAGUGAUGUGAAGAGGAAGUCUCCAUCUCUACAUUCAGUGCUUGACUUGGACUGAAAUGGGUGCUGGUACUCAUUAUGAGUGCUGUUUUUAUUUAGGUGCUGGAACUCUGCAAUAUUUUUAAGUGAAUAUUCUAUAAGAGGUGCCGCAACUCAAGCAUUAGAACAUUUUGAGGUGCUUGUGAGCUCCGGCCUAAGUCAUGCACUGUUUACAUUGAAUCCUAUGAUUUUCCAACUCAAUUAAUACAGGGUCAUGUAUUUUGCUCUAACCACUUAAUAAGAAAUAUGCUCUCCCUGAGACGAUUCAGUUAAUUGUAUGAUUUUUAGAUACUCUAGACUUUUUUUGUGUAGAGUGAAAAAGGCUCAUGAUAAAUUGUUUGAAUUUGUCUUGAUACAGGUAUAAAUCAAGGGCAAAAGUUUUAGCCACAUUUUAAAUUGAGUUUGUUUACAAAUCAUCUACGCUACACUUGAUCAUAACCAAAAGGUAGAAAAGUGAUAAACUAUUGCAUAAAAAGGUCAAUGUGUAAAACACAACUAUGUAAACCUGCCUUUGUAACUACCACAUAAAUACAUGUGUUAUUGUAAAGUGGGACCCAAGUUUAUUCUGUUCACACAUCGAGUUUGUGUUUGCCUAUUCAUCAUCUGUCAGUCUGCUUCCUCUUGUCUUGAUUUUUUUCUUCAGUACAUGAUCCUGCUUUAUGGCAGCCAACAGAAACCAAUCACAACUGCCAAGAUCCAUCUAGGCUUCAUCUUCACAGUGAGUAGUGCAUCUUCCCAUGAUGUGUACAUGCUUGUGCAGUUUUAACUGUGUGGUGUGGGUGUGUUUUAACUAGACUAUAUUUGAUUUGACUUCUCAGGUUCAGCCAGGUAACUAUGGAACAUUCUACGAUGACCAGAGGCUCAACUGGUCCCUGAUGUUUGACUCUGAGAAAGCUGGAGUGGACUUUUGCAAAGAGGUGAACGAAGGAUGCUUUUUUUUUCUUAUACUAGACGGCUAUACAGUACCAAUCAAAAGUUUGGGGACACCUACUCAUUCAAGGGUUUUUCUUUAUUUUUUACUUUAUAGAAUAACAGUGAAGACUUCAAAACUAUGAAAUAACACAUGGAAUCAUGUACUAGCCACCCUUUGCCUUGAUGGCAGCUUUGCACACUCUUGGCAUUCUCUCAACCAGCUUCACCUGGAAUGCUUUUCCAACAGUCUUGAAGGAGUUCCCACAUAUGCUGAGCACUUGUAACCAAAAGUGUUAAAUAACAAGUGCUCAGCAUAUGUGGGAACUCCUUCAAGACUGUUGGAAAACACCAGGUGAAGCUGGUUGAGAGAAUGCCAAAAGUGUGCAAAGCUGUCAUCAAGGCAAAGGGUGGCUAUUUGAAGAAUCUCAAAUAUAAAAUAUAUUUAGAUUUGUUUAACACUUUUUUUGGUUAGUACAUGAUUCCAUGUGUUAUUUCAUAGGUUUGAUGUCUUCACUAUUAUUCUACAAUGUAAAACAAUUUAAAUAAAGAAAAACCCUUGAAUGAGUAGAUGUGUCCAAACUUUUGACUGGUAGUGUACACGGAGUGUACAAAACAUUAAGAACACCUUCCUAACAUUGAGUUGCACCCCCCACGGCCCUCAGAACAGCCUCAAUUCGUCGGGGCAUGAACUCUACAAGGUGUCGAAAGCAUUCCACAGGGAUACUGGCCCAUGCUGACUCCAAUGCUUCCCACAGUUGGCUGGAUGUCCUUUGGGUGGUGGACCAUUCUUGAUACACACAGGAAACUGUUGAGCGUGAAAAACCCAGCAGCGUUGCAGUUCUUGAUAAACCGGUGCGCCUGGCACCUACUGACAUACCCCAUUCAAAGGCACUUAACUCUUUUGUCUCAAGGCUUAAAAAUCCUUAUUUAACCCGUCUCCUCUCCUUCAUCAACACUGAUUUGAAGUGGAUUUAACAAGUGACAUCAAUAAGGGUUCUUAGCUUUCACCUGGAUUCAUAAUGUGUUCAUAAUGAUUUGUACACUCAGUGUGUGUAUAUAUAGAGAUCUCUAUAUAUGGCUCUGGAAAGACAGAUGGAUAGUCUGUUUUUUUAGUUAUUUGCACACAUUAACAAUUCCUUCACUUUUUUUUUAUGUUUAAACCUUUACCCACCAAUCCAGCUGUGCGUGGCCAGAUGGAACAGUGAGGCCGCUGUAGAUUCACUACUGACCCAGGACCUGCUGUUAGGAGAGGGACAGGCGGUGGACUAUGGUGACAUGGUAGAGGUGGCCUUCACAGGCUGGCUUCUACAGAACCACAACAUCGGACAGGUGACAAAUAACUCAGAAUUGUCAGAAUACAGCCCAAAUAACUGUGCUGUAUUCGGACAAAAUGAACUGGUUCUGAGAAAAUGAACUGGUUCUGAGAAAAUGAACUGGUUGUGACAAAACUUAAUAAAGGCUCAGAAAAGCUUUAUUCUCCAAACAUUGCGCAAUUUGAUUUGUGGCUUUAUAAAAGUAAAGAUCAGAAGAUAUACAAACAUUGACAAUAUACUGACAUUCUAGAUGCUGGGGCCUAUGUUUUCUGUGUUUUCCCCAUGCACCCUUCCUCGUACGGUGCUCAUUAGUUUACCUAAUGAGCACCGUGCUGGCAGAAAUUAUGACUAGAACUUUCUUACCAGUAGCUUAGCCUAGUAUGGUCCAAUUUAUUUUGUAUUUAUUUAACCUUUAUUUAACUAGGCAAGUCAGUUAAGAACUAAUUCUUAUUUACAAUGACGGCCUACACCGGCCAAACCCGGACGACGCUGGGCCAAUUGUGCGCCGCCCUAUGGGACUCCCAAUCACGGCCGGUUGUGAUACAGCCUGGAAUCGAACCAGGUGGUCUGUAGUGACGCCUCAAGCACUGAGAUGCAGUGCCUUAGACCGCUGCGCCACUCGAGAGCCCAAUACUCAUCAUGUCAAACUGACAAAUAACGAUAAUAACCACCAGUCAAUGUACAAAUUGACUGUAGCGCUGAUCAGAGGAAAGAUUUCACCAUCAGGAUUAGGAUUUGUGGCCAAGGUAUGGAUAGAGCAUCUCUGUGAAGUUGCAGCCAGUGACAGAGUAGAUAUGAGACCUGGCCCGCACAUCAUAAAAGGAGACCUGACCCCCCUCAUAAUCCACAAACACCCCCACCUUCUGUGGCGUGUCUCUCAGAAAGAUGGGGACAGGGUAGGUGUCACUGGCUUUGUACUCACACCCAUACUUCUGCAUAGUCCAGUAUCCAGUUUGAGUCCUUAGUGUGAUAUCCCCCUUCCUGUUGAUAGACUCACUGGCUACUCCUGAAUCCCAUUCAGUAUUCCCCGUAACCAUAACCUCAUAGUAAAAUCUCCCUGAAGAGAAGCCCUCAAUUCCAAGGACAUUAAAAUGAAAACAAUCAAACCUCCCUAGGUAGUUUGGGAGAUCCUGUUCUUUGCCUCCAUUUCUCAUUUGCUUCCCAGCCCUAGACAGGAUGAGGUGAGGAGGUGCUGUAUCAGGGUCCAGAGUCACAUCCACUGUCUACUACUGAAUCCUCUCCAGCUCAGCAUCACCCAACCUCUUCACUUCACUCAUAAGUGUCUCCUCCAGCUGAGACACGGCUCUCCUCACAGUCCCCAGACACAGAUCACUGUGAACACUGAUCUCAGACCAGUCCUUGGUGGGUGGAGGGCUGCACAGACAUGGGAAGCUCUGGAGGAGGUGGACCUCAGUGUGUGAGCGCUAUUCCAGCUCAGUGCUUCUACUCUGUAGCUCAGUGAUUUCCUGCUCCAGCUCUUUAAUGAGCCCUUCAGCCUGCCACUCUGCUGCUUUCUGCUUCUCCUCAAUGAGCUCAGCCUGGCUUCUCUCAAUGGAGCGCACCAGAGCAGUGAAGACCUACACUCUGAGAUCUACUGAGUGUUUGAUCUCCUCAACCUUACUAUAUCUUGGAAGCAUCUUCUGGUCUACCUCUGCCAUCACCUUUCCUAGUUUAGCCAUUUUCUCUCCAUACUCUUCCUCUAGAGCAGCAUAUCCCAAACUCUGUCCUCGGGAACCCAAGGGGUGCACGUUUUGGUUUUUGCCGUAACACUACACAGCUUAUUCAAAUGAUCAAAGCUUGUUGAUUAGUUGAGUAUUUGAAUCAGCUGGUAGUGCUAGGGCAAAAACCAAAACGUGCACCCCUUGGGGUCCCUAGGACCGAGGUUAGGAAACCCUGCUCUAGAGGGACAGUGUCAUGACAGUGUCAUGUGGUCUGUUUUCAAGCAAAAAACACAGACAUGUCUGGUCACUCCUACAGAACAGAUCCAGGAGUCUCUCGUGCUUCUGAUGCAUCCUGUCUUCCAGGUUCUCCACAGGGUUGAUCAGCUUGUGUCUCUUUAAGGCUGCAACUCUCUGAGGCUCCAGGGGAGUCUCACAGAAAGAGGUUAGACACACCAGGCAGGACUUCAGGGCCUUGAGCGUUGUCCCAGCACAGAUGUCACAGGAGACUUCUAGGGGUUGAGCAGGGCCUUGGUCUGGGCUGGGCCUUGGGUGAGGGCCUUGGUCUAGGUUGGUGGAUUUCCCUUGAACUGACUUCCUGAACUGAGUAGCCAUCUCAGAAAAGAGAGUAUUGAUGCGACGCUCAGGUUUCCUGUCAAAUGUAUCCAUACACAUGGGACACCGGCACUGGUCACUAGUAUCCCAGUACUAUUUGAUACAGGCCAUGCAGAAGUUGUGUCCACAUGGAAUGGCUACUGGCUCAGUGAACACAUCCAGACAGAUAGAGCACAGGAAGUGCUCUUUAGACAGGAGACUGCUGGAGGCGGCCAUAUCUAAACCAAGACCAAAGGUGAAACCAUUAUCAGUCAGUUCGAGAUCAUUUCAGUUUGAGUCAACAUGGUACGAUGUUGCGAUCCCUAUGUGAUCGUAAAACAUUGAUCCUAACCAAUUGUAAAGCAUGGUUUUACCUUUACAGGACAACAUUGUACACAUCCUUAGAUAUUCAUAUUAUGGGCCUUCAUUGGCAAAACCACAAAAUGGCCAGCCCCAUUACUUGGUUAGCUAUAAUGGAGAAAUUUAACGACCAAAUUAUAGCUACUGUAUGGAAAAAAUGACUAGGUCAACAUGAUAGUUUCUAGACAAUUUAAAGCUGUACAUUAAUGUUUAUGACAUUACUUACAAACGAUGUAGUAAAGCAACCUUAUAUUUUGUGUUAUGAUGGAGUUAUCACGAAUGAAUGGGCAUACUGUCUAUCAUUCAUGAUAAAACAUUUUAUAAAAUAGCUGUGUAUAUCACAGUUCCUUUAACAGAUGCAGCUAGCAAUAGAGUUUGGAAAAAUCUGUCUCACCUGUGUUGGGAAUGUCUCUGUGCUUUCUGUUUGUGGCAUCAAAAGAGGCCCAGAUAAGGCUGUAGUAGAGGUUUAGAGUUUGGGCUACCAGUAAAUGUCUUCUCAGUUUAGUUUUAUCAGAGAGGAAAAGACGAGGCCUAGCUAGAAGACCUUUAGUUUUACUUCUGCAAAGUGAUGUUUAAAUAGAACAGGGCUCUCCAACCCUGUUCCUGGAGAGCUUACCCUCCUGAAGGUUUUCAUUCCAUCCCCAGUUGAUUCAGUUGAUCAACCAGCUAAUUAUUAGAAUCAGGUGUGCUAGAUUAGGGUUGGAGUGAAAACCUACAGGAUGGUAGCUCUCCAGGAACAGGGUUGGCGAGCCCUGAAAUAAAACAUUGUUGUCCCACCCACUUUUCUCUUCCUUGAGUAGUUAACCCUUUACAUGGCUGAACGCUCUCUGACCUUGUUUACUAUUGUCUGGAGAGAGUCCAAAUGUGUGGCAUGGAUUUUAAAUCAAGAAUUCGAGAAUUUCUUUCAGUGUGUUUGUGUGACUGUCAAAUUUCUCUCUCUCCUCUUCUUUCACUAACUCACUCACUCACUUAUCCUCCUCACAAUGCAUGUCAAUGCCAAUUUGAUCACCAUUCAGCUGAAUGUAUAUUGUUUUCUGUGUGUCUGUUAGAUGUUUGACUGCAACGUGGGCAAAGACAAGCUGCUGAGAGUGAAGCUUGGCAACGGUAAAGCCAUUAAGGUAAGUGUAAAGCAGUGGAGGCUGGUGGAAGGAGCUAUAGGAGGAUGGGCUCAUUGUAAUGGCUGGAUUGGAAUGGUAUCAAACCUAUGGAAACCACAUGUUUCACUCCAUUCCAUUCCAGCCAUUACAAUGAGCUCAUCCUCCUAUAGCUCUUUCCACCAGCCUCCACUGGUGUAGAGGUCAACUCAGCAAUAUGAUAUCAACACACAUAGUGAGGCAACUUCCUGCUUACAGAAAUCAACAAAUAUAGAAAAAUGUGAUGUCUCUCUCGCUCUCCUAUCUCUUUAGGGCUUGGAGGAAGGGAUGUUAGGGAUGCAGAAAAGUGGGCGUCGCCUCCAUAUCGUGCCCCCCACCCUAGGAUAUGGGUCAAAGGGCAUCCCCAACCGCGUCCCCUCCUCCAGCACACUGGUCUACAAUGUGGAGAUCCGCCGGGUAGGCGCACACUCUUUCAUUCAGUUUCAAGCGUCAAACAGUAUCUCACUGUAGCCAUGUGGAACUGAUUGUGUGCCAAAGCUAGAGGGUGCAAUUGGCCAAAAUGGCUCUCUAGAUGUUCUAACUCUGUGGGGUUUAUUCAGGUGAAGUUUGCUAAGGACAGUGGGUCGGAGCGACAGAGUGGGGGGUUAAUCACCAACUCCCCCUCCCUCAGUGUGGACAGUCUGGGCUUUGUGAUGUCCCCUCAGUCUCAGCCCCCCACCUCUAUCUCAGCAGAGCCCGGGUACGUACCACUACCUUCACUGUUGCUCGGUGGGGGAGUUAGGAGGGUUUUCCUGGAGGCCAAAUUGUCAGAUGGCAGGUUAACUCUUUGACUUUUCUGCCAACAGUGGUCAGCCUCUGCAUGUGAAAUCCAAUUCAAUAAAUGAGCAACUGAUGGUGAGUGUGUUAUUUUCAUUUAGUUUAACUUCUUUGCAUGCUUACACGCACACAUUCUCACUCACAUGUGCGCACGCACACACAGUCACUCACUCACUCACUCACUCACUCACUCACUCACUCACUCACUCACUCACUCACAAUCAAACAGUCACAAUCUCUCUCAAAUAGUAUUGUCUUGCCUACAGCAGCCAGAUGCAGCCAAAGCCAAGUUGAUCUCUCGUAUGGCCAAGAUGGGUCAGCCCAUGCUGCCCUUCCUAACAAGAGCCAUCCCCGCCCAGCCAGAUCACAGCUUAUCAGAGACAGAGGUGGGCUCCAUAGUGUGUGUGUGUGUGUGCACCUUCUGUUCUGUAUAGAAAUUCAACAUUUGCAUUCCCACAAUUCCAGUUUUUGACCAAGUCAAUACUUUUCAGCAUACCUGGCAAACCGGUUCCAAAGUCAAAACAAAAGGAGUACGACCUAUGACCCUUUGUCAUGUUUGACACACCAAUGACAGUGCCGCUGACCUGUUAAUAUUCUUCUGCGUCUGUAUUUGUGUCACCCUGCAGGACCCCAGUGAAUCUCACCCUUCACAUCACUGUCCGCACCCCCAGCCAGUCCAGAUGUCAGCUGUCCAUGCAGGUAAGACCUCUAGUUCAGUGUCCAUUUAUGCCCAUAUGUUUGGUAGGUCCACCUAACUAUGCUUAAAGCGAUCAUCCUACAGUCAUUUGCUUAUAUUCAGGGUUGUAGUUUCUGUUUCAGUGCCUGGGGUCGCCGUGCCAACUGCUGGCCAGAAACCAGUGUUUAUGGAGACAGUGGUCCCACAGGCUGUGGACUGUGGUGGAAGCAGUCAUGUCUUCCAGGUAUUGAAUUUGAAUUAAAUAACCGAUAUUGAUCUCCAAAGGGGAAAUUGGAAAUGAUCCGCUAUGCUUAUCCACCCCUCCCACCCCUAUUUAACGACGUACUUUGGUACGAUCCGCUAUGCUUAUCCCCCCCUCCCACCCCUAUUUAACGACGUACUUUGGUACGAUCCGCUAUGCUUAUCCCCCCCUCCCACCCCUAUUUAACGACGUACUUUGGUACGAUCCGCUAUGCUUAUCCCCCCCUCCCACCCCUAUUUUAACGACGUACUUUGGUACGACUCCAUUCACAGCCCUCCUUUCAGUCUGAAUUUGGUCCAUCCUGCCUUGGUCAGUUCCACCCUCAUCAUGCAGUUUCAUACCAGGGUAAGGAAAAUACAAUGUUCACUGUCACCUUGUCUAAGUGCAGCAUGGCAGACAUAAUAUUGUAUUGUAAUGUGUUUUCAUUUGUUUCAUUUGCUUUAUCUGACAACAUUUGACCCGUCUAGCACCUAUUGAUGUCACUUCCUUCUUGAUGACGGAGGCGCGACAGCACAACACUGAGAUCGGACAGGCUGUGGGGAAAGUGGCGGAUAAAAUCAACCUGCUGGUCUCCAAGGUCAGCAGUGGACUUUUGUUUGUAGUUCUGGUAACACUUUCCUGUUUUGCAUUGUUUCUUCUCAUAAUGAUCCUGACAAACUGAGACAUUAUAAGGCCUCAUAGCCUCAUACAUGCUCGUAACCAGUAAUAAAGCAUUAUAACAGUUUUAAGUCAUGUUAUCAUAUUUUCUACCAGGUGGAUGAGCUCCAGAAGCAUGGUGGUGGCAACUCUCUGGGUCUGUCCUCUGUGUCCAUGGAAACAGCCAUGAUCAUGCACAACAUCCAGAGAAUCACCCAGGUCCGUCAUCAACUGUCCCACUAGUCUACAGCGUCCUCCCCUCCUUUUCUGCUCACCCUCAUUCUGCACUGGUCUGAAAAAAGGAUUCUUGUAUUCGUCUACCGUUCUUCAUCUGCACUGAUGUGGGGAAAAAUAGGACUGGUGAAAGCAGUUACCUGAUAGGCAUUGACCAUUGCAUGGAACGACAUAACUGUUCUCCGUUUGGGUUCCACAGGAGAACUUGUUUCUAAAGAAGGAGGUUCUGGAGAAGAGCACCCGAGUGGAGGAGCAGAACUGGAAGAUCGGAGAACUCCUCGAGCAGAACCAGAGGUGUGUGUGUGUGUUCAAUGGGUUCUGUAGAUGUAAAUAAAUACAAAUAUCUACAUAUUUUAUUUUAACAGGAACAAUAGUACAAUUCAGACAUAUCACAGUCAAUGUAUUUUAAUUUAAAACAACAUACACCUACACAUAAAGUGUACAUGUACACACAGCCACACCUCAGCCUCCAUAUGAUUCAUCUCAUGAUGAUAAUGUGGAGCUCUCUUUACUUAAACACAAUAUAACCUGGUCACCCCGCCCUGUCCCAGGGGGUCCACCGCCCUGCAGCACCUCCAACCUAACACACCCCAUUUCAGGAUCUUAGUGAAACAUUCAUUAUUGGCUUUGGGUGUACUAGGCCAGAGUGACAGUCCACAGGACGGUAGACCCCCAGGGCUAGGACAGAGUCACCCAGCAGCCUAAACCGGUAUCCACCCUGACGUGGGCAUGUUUUCAAUACAGAGUCCUUUUGUCUUACGGUAUUCAAUACAUGACCUUAUGAAAGUUAAUCUGGUAAUAAAUCAAAUCUAUGGCUUGACAUUUCUACCAUCCCUUGUGACAUUGUGGGAGGAUAACCAGCCUUCCAAUUUAAAACAAAUAUAUGUAUGCACUCACUAACUGUAAGUCGCUCUGGAUAAGAGCGUCUGCUAAAUAACUAAAAUGUCAAUGUAAUGAAUGGCAAUGCAUUCCUUAGCCGCUAUGAAUGCUACGGUAAUGUUACACAGUUUCUUCUGAUAACGGUCUCCAGUAUUUCCAAGCAAAUAAAAAAACGGGAAGAAGAUAGAAUGUGAAUCUGUAGACAUGUUGAGAUAAAAACAAGAUGUUGUGUGUGACAGGUGUAUGGAACAGAGUGGUUUACUGUUGGAACAGAGGAAUGACGCGCUGAAGAGCAACACUCAACAGAACCAACCCAGCCUGCUGCAGGCAGAACAGGACAAGGUAGGAAAGAGCAGAGGAAACGUACUACACACACACACACAGUGUCUCAUAGACACACACGUACACACACAUUUAAGUCUCUCUCUCCUCCACCUCUCUCUCCCCUUUCUCUCUCUUUCGCUCUCUCUUUUGCUCUCUCUAUCUCAGGUGCACCUGACAGAGUACCUAGCCUCCUCCUCCACCCUGGUCUCCAAGCUUCAGUCCUCCUCGCUGCAGCGCUCUGUCUCUGACCUGCAGACCCAGCUGAGCCAAGCCCUGCAAGACAGGGAGAGCCACUGUACUCAGAUCAGCUCAUUAGAGAGACUAGUAGAAGGUACAGUACAGGACUGGCAGGACCACUGCACUUGCAUCAGUUUAUUAGAGAGACUACACAACUGUCUCUGAAUUUUGAAUGGUCCAGCGCACCGGGUGGACAGGGUUUUAACUUUUGGGACUGUUCUAUUGGGUCAUUACACCAUGCAAACUAAAGGUGUGUGUGUGUGUGUGUGUGUGUGUGUUCGUACAGAGCUAAGGAAGGGAGAGGGGAGGGCACAGGCCCAGUGGCUUACAGAGAAACAGAAAUGUAAAGAGAUGGAGCUGAGAGUCGCCAACACAGAGGAGGAGCUACAGGACCUGAGGGCUGAGAAAGGAAACCUGGACACGGUGUGUAUCUGUGGAGACGAGCAGGCAGGACCAAUGUGUCCCACAUGGUGCCAGUAUUCUUCUAAUAACUGUUUGGUAUAAAAAUAAUAUUCUACAGAAUACAGUCCACAUACCCAAUUCUGAUUAUACCCCUUGUUCCCAAAGUGUGCUCCCUUUCACUCACUCCCCCUCAUCUGCACUAAUCCAAUGCUUUUAAUUCAUUUAAUUUUUUUAAAUUUUAGUCAUUUAGCAGACGCUCUUAUCCAGAGCGAGUUACAGGAGCAAUUAGGGUUAAGUGCCUUGCUCAAGGGCACAUCGACAGAUUUUUCACCUAGUCGGCUCGGGGAUUAGAACCAGCGACCUUUCGGUUACUGGCACAACGCUCUUAACCACUAAGCUACCUCUUCACAAAAGAGAAGGGGGCAGAAUGGGAAUUGGACUUUGGUCUUGAUCUUGUAACACUGUGUCGGUCUCUGUCAGAUGCUGUUGGAGAGGAAGCGGAGGUGGCAGUGUGAGGAGGAGGCGAGGAGGAGCAGCCAGAGGGAGACGGACCACCUGAGGACCAGGAGAGGAGAAGUAGAGCAGGGGGCCAGGGAGCAGGUACACUCACUCUCUCACACACACACACACAAUGAUCUAGACUAAAGACCAGCCAUAUUGAGUCAGUUGAAAUGUUGCAACAUAUACAUAACAUUUAUUAUUCAUUAUUAUUAACAUAUAAUAAUGCUUAACAUACACUAGCGUUCAAAAGUUUGGGGUCACUUAGAAAUGUCCUUGUUUUUGAAAGAAAAGCAAUUUUUUUGUCCAUUAAAUUAACAUCAAAUUGAUCAGAAAUACAGUGUAGACAUUGUUAAUGUUGUAAAUGGCUAUUGUAGCUGGAAACGCUGAUUUUUAAUGGAAUAUCUACAUAGGCGUACAGAGGCCCAUUAUCAGCAACCAUCAGUCCUGUGUUCCAAUGGCACGUUGUGUUUGCUAAUCCGAGUUUAUCAUUUUAAAAGGCUAAUUGAUCAUUAGAAAACCCUUAUGCAAAUAUGUUAGCACAGCUGAAAAUUGUUGUGCUGAUUAAAGAAGCAAUAAAACUGGCCUUCUUGAGACCAGUUGAGUAUCUGGAGCAUCAGCAAUUGUGGGUUCGAUUACAGGAUCAAAAUGGCCAGAAACAAAUAACUUUCUUCUGAAACUCGUCAGUCUAUUCUUGUUCUGAGAAAUGAAGGCUAUUCCUUGCGAGAAAUUGCCAAGAAACUGAAGAUCUCAUACAACGCUGUGUACUACUCCCUUCACAGAACAGCGGAAACUGGCUCUAACCAGAAUAGAAAGAGGAGUGGAAGACCCCGGUGCACAACUGAGCAAGAGGACAAAUACAUUAGUGUCUAGUUUGAGAAACAGACGCCUCACAGGUCCUCAACUGGCAGCUUCAUUAAAUAGUACCCGCAAAACACUCAUCAACAGUGAAGAGGCGACUCCGGGAUGCUGACCUUCUAGGCAGAGUUGCAAAGAAAAAGCCAUAUCUCAGACUGGCCAAUAAAAAUAAAAGAUUAAGAUGGGCAGUCUGAGAUAUGACUUUUUCUUUGCAACUCUGCCUAGAAGGUCAGCAUCUGAUGGACUGAUGGUUGCUGAUAAUGGGCCUAUGUAGAUACUCCAUUAAAAAUCAGCCGUUUCUAGCUACAAUAGCCAUUUACAACAUUAACAAUGUCUAAACUGUAUUUCUGAUCAAUUUGAAGUUAUUUUAAUGGACAAAAAAAUUGCUUUUCUUUUGAAAGAAAUUACAUUUCUAAGUGACCCCAAACUUUUGAACGGUAGUGUAUAUUUAAGCAGGAAGGCCAGAGGAGGUGUGGGAUAUGGCCAAUAUACCACGGCUAAGGGCUGUUCUUAUGCACAACGCAAUGCAGAGUGCCUGGAUACAGCCCUUAGCCAUGGUAUAUUGGCCAUAUAUCACAAACCCCAGAGGAACCUUAUUGCUAUUAUAAACUGGUUACCAACAUAAUUAGAGCAGUAAAACUAAAUGUUUUGUCAUACCCGUUGUAUACGGUCUGAUAUACCAUGGCUUUCAGUCAAUCAGAAUUCAGGGCUCAAACCACCCUGUUUAUAUAAAGCAUUAUACCUGUAGGCUUUAUACGUGUGUGUGUCUUUAACUAAAGGUGGAGCUUGAUGUGGACUGGCAGCAGGGUGGGUAUGAGAAGGAACAACAUAGCCAUGAGCUAGCAGAAAUCACACAGCAGAGAGACAUUCUGGCCAGGACACUGACACAGCUACAGGAGCAGGUGAAGGACAUACUGGGUGUACACACUCCCUAAACAUUAGGAAAUGGAAAUGGUACUAAUAGUUAAAUUCCAAUGCUCUCUCUCUCUCAGUAUAUGGCAGCACAGAGCAGGGCAGAGACCACCAGGAAGCAGCUAGAAAUUAUAUUGGUUGAGCAGGAGACUAGGCAUGCCCAACAGCCCAAUCAGGAUGCAGUGGCAGAACAGGUGAGAGGUCACAAAUAUUCACCACAGACUAAUCUGUACGUGAUUGGAGUAGUGUUUCUUAAUUCUGGUCCUUGGGACCCACAUUUUAGUUUUUCCCCUAGCACUAUACACUUGAUUCCACUAAUCACCUCAUCAUCAAACCUUUGAGUAGUGGAAUCAGGUGUUUAGUGCUUGAGCAAAAACAAAAAUGUCCCCAGGACCAGGGUGAAGAAACACUGGAAUAGAGAAAGCAGACUUUGGGUGGGGGGGGGAUUUAUAUUAAAAUUAUACUUUUGCUCUACCGAACUACUCCAAUGAGCAACACUAAGAGAACAUUUUAUAUUGCUCUCAUUCCCACCUCUCUCUGAUCGUUUCAACGGUUUACGUGUGUUCCCUCCAGGUGAAGAGAGUGAUGAACGGAGUGUUCCAUUCUCUGAGAGGGGAGUUCGGCCUGCACCAGUCAUACCAAGGAAGCGAUGUUCUAGGAGUCAUGCUAAGCACAAUCAAGGUACGGUGCAACCAACACCGGGUGUUUCCAUUUCACAUUGCCCUGCAGAUAGUAAGGCUGGACCAAAAGUUGAUAAUCGCCGCUUAUGGGGGGUACCCAUGUUAAUACUUUUAACACCCAUGAGUUGUCCUGCACCAGUCAUUUGAAUCCAGAGUUUGACAUUGAGCAUGUUGUUGGUAAUGUAAACAAGGAAAAUAUGUUGUUGUGUUAACAUAGUGUGGUAACUCUCCCCAUCCUACAGAGUGUCACACUGGAUCUCCUAACAGCCCACGACCGAGAGGAAGAAGAGGAGGAGAAAUGGACAAAAGCUGUGGAGCAAAAUGGGAGGAGGGUAAAUGAUGAUGAAGAAAUCAAUCGAUCCAGUCGAUCCACACAAGAGAAAGAGGACAGUGGAGUUACUCAGACAGCCUGGACCUCUAUUGUUAGGUCCUUGUGGUCUGAGGCUCAAGUGGAGGAAGAGUCCAUAAAUUCAGAAGGCCUACAAAACGAAGCUGAAGACACCUCCAGAGAAGAAACGCCUUCUAAGGCAUGGACUGACUCAGAGAAUGGCCUAACACCAUCAUCCCUCAUGGUUCUUAUUGAGGAAAUGUCUUGUCAAGCACAACCUCUCACGGUCCAAAUUGACCAAUCAAAGCAGAUGGAGGUUGCACCUCCAUUUUAGUACUCCCCCCACCAUUGUAAAAAAGAUUUUGGAA